AUGGAGCGGGACGAACGGCCGCCCAGCGGAGGGGGAGGCGGCGGGGGCUCGGCGGGGUUCCUGGAGCCCCCCGCCGCGCUCCCUCCGCCGCCGCGCAACGGAUUUUGUCAGGAUGAAUUGGCAGAGCUUGAUCCAGGCACUAUUUCUGUUCCAGAUGAUCGGGCUGAACAAAGAACAUGCCUCAUAUGUGGGGACCGUGCCACAGGCUUACACUAUGGGAUCAUCUCCUGUGAGGGCUGCAAAGGGUUUUUUAAGCGGAGCAUUUGCAACAAGCGGGUAUAUCGAUGCAGUCGUGACAAGAACUGUGUCAUGUCUCGGAAGCAGAGGAACAGGUGCCAGUACUGCCGUCUGCUCAAAUGCCUCCAGAUGGGAAUGAACCGGAAGGCAAUCAGAGAAGAUGGCAUGCCUGGAGGCCGAAACAAGAGCAUUGGGCCAGUCCAGAUAUCAGAGGAAGAAAUCGAAAGGAUCAUGUCUGGACAGGAAUUUGAGGAAGAGACCAAUCAUUGGAGCAACCAUGGUGACAGUGACCACAGUUCCCCUGGGAACCGGGCUUCAGAGAGCAACCAGCCUUCACCGGGCUCCACGCUCUCCUCCAGGUCUGUGGAGCUAAAUGGAUUUAUGGCAUUCAGGGAGCAGUACAUGGGAAUGUCUGUGCCCCCACACUAUCAAUACAUACCGCACCUUUUCAGCUAUUCUGGCCACUCGCCACUUCUGCCCCCACAAGCUCGCAGCCUGGAUCCCCAGUCAUACAGUCUGAUUCACCAACUGGUGUCAGCGGAGGACCUAGAGCCCUUGGGUACACCAAUGUUGAUUGAAGAUGGAUAUGCUGUGACACAAGCAGAACUGUUUGCCCUGCUCUGCCGCCUGGCCGAUGAGCUGCUCUUUAGGCAGAUUGCCUGGAUCAAGAAACUGCCUUUCUUCUGCGAGCUCUCAAUCAAGGAUUACACGUGCCUCCUGAGCUCCACGUGGCAGGAAUUAAUCCUGCUCUCCUCCCUCACCGUUUAUAGCAAGCAGAUCUUUGGAGAGCUGGCUGAUGUCACCGCCAAGUACUCGCCCUCUGAUGAAGAACUACACAGAUUUAGUGAUGAGGGGAUGGAGGUGAUUGAGCGGCUCAUCUACCUGUAUCACAAGUUCCAUCAGCUAAAGGUCAGCAAUGAGGAGUAUGCCUGCAUGAAAGCAAUUAACUUCCUAAAUCAAGAUAUCAGGGGUUUGACCAGUGCCUCACAGCUGGAACAGCUGAACAAGAGAUAUUGGUACAUUUGCCAGGAUUUCACUGAAUAUAAAUAUACACAUCAGCCCAAUCGCUUUCCUGACCUGAUGAUGUGCUUGCCUGAGAUUCGCUACAUUGCAGGAAAGAUGGUGAAUGUACCCCUGGAGCAGCUGCCCCUCCUCUUUAAAGUGGUGCUGCAUUCCUGCAAGACAAACAUGGGCAAAGAAUAACCUGUUCCCUGUGCCCUUCCUUAGGCCCACCACAGUGCCUUGGGAGGCAGAAUAGGUUUCAGAGGAAAGAGCCAGAGAGACCAAGAUGGAGGCUGUGGAGCAUCACAUCCAGCUGCUUCCAUAGCAAGAGGAGUUUUGUUUGUUUGUUUGUUUGUUUUUAACCUCAUUUUUCUAUAUAUUUAUUUCACGACAGAGUUGAAUGUAUGGCCUUCAACAUGAUGCACAUGCUUUUGUGUGAAUGCAGCCGAUGCAUUUUCUUGCAGUUUACAGAAUGUGAAGAUGUUUAAUGUUACAGUGUUGUCAUUGUUUAGAGAUAGUUCUUUUGUAUUAUGAGGGAGAGGGUGGGAUGGGGCUGAGAUGACUAUUUCCAUAAUGUUGACAAA